AUGGACUCUUUCAAUAGUUCUACAUUACCGUUCAAAGCUUCAAAGCAUCAAGCUGCAGGACACGAUGGAUGCAUGACCCUGGACUCGUUAUUUAUUAAACCUACUACACGUCAAGAACUAGACUUUUAUACAGAAACAGUGAGGCGUGAUGUUGUAAAAGAGGAAUCUUCCGAAGAAGGUGUUCCUUUAGGCACAUUACUUUCUCAUUGGAUGCCUACUUUUUUGGGUAGUUUGCAAAAAGGAGAAUUAUCGACUGAUUCGAUACUGGGAGAUUUGUUGACUUCAUCUGCUUGGCAAGAUAAUGCCUUGGUUCAAGACGACAAAGAGUAUAUUGUGCUUCUGAAUUUAUAUCAUGGAUUUAAGAAGCCAAGUAUUUUAGACAUUAAACUAGGAUCCAGGUUGACUGAUGAUGCAGUAACUCCCUUGGAAAAAAUUCAAAGGUUGCAAAAAGUAAGUGAGUCUACAACCAGUGGAUCACAUUCAUUUCGAAUUUGUGGUAUGAAAGUAUACAAUGGGGAUGACGAAACCAAGCCAAAUGAGCUUUUUACAGGUAUGAACAAUACUAUAGCUGUUGCAAAUGGUGAAUACGGGGAUGAUUCGUCAGAAUCGAAGUCGUCACAUAAAUAUUUAGUAUAUGACAAGUUCUUUGGUCGAUCAUUAGACUCAAAAACAAUACAACAAGGAUUGAAACUAUACUUCAAACCUAUACUUUCCAAUAAACCUAUUUUUGUCUGCUUGCUCACCAAUUUGAUUCUUAGAUUGCAAUUGAUAUUUAAUUGUUUAUUGGAUUGUGAUACAAGAAUGUAUUCAGCUAGUUUGUUGUUUAUUUAUGAAAGUGACCCUGAAGUGUUGUCUCAAGUUGCUAUUGCAGAUUAUCAAGAUCAUGACCCUUUGGUUAAGGAGUUUGAUUUGAGUGAUGAUGAUGAUGAUGAUGAUGAUGAUGGUAAAGAUGAAGAUAAAGAUAAAGAUGAAGGUGAAGGUGAAGAGGAGGAUGGGUCGGACGCAGAUGCAGUUGAUAGUGUAGGAUUAGACAAUGUUGCUAAAGCUUACAACAUCGUCAAGCAAGCCAAUUCGGAAAGUGUAGAUCCCAAAGGGGAAAAGAAUGCAAGUCGCACCCCAUUAAGCAGUUUACAUCUUAUAGACUUUGCCCAUUCCAAAUAUGUUGAUGGAGAAGGAUACGAUGAAAAUGUUGUUGAAGGUGUGGAAAACUUGAUAAAGAUUCUUGAAGAUAUCAAACUGUCCUAUUAG